ACACCAUUUGCCUCUGACUCGAGAUGAUGUGAUGUUUUAUUACAACACUCACUCACCAUGAUGGCCACACAGACCUUGAGCAUAGACAGCUAUCAGGAUGGGCAGCAGAUGCAAGUAGUAACAGAGUUAAAAACGGAGCAAGACCCCAACUGCUCUGAGCCCGAUGUGGAAGGAGUAAGCCCCCCACCCGUGGGGUCCCAGACGCCAAUGGACGCGGACAAGCAGGCCAUUUAUAGGCACCCGCUGUUUCCGUUAUUAGCUUUGCUGUUUGAAAAAUGCGAACAGUCCACGCAGGGCUCCGAAGGCACGACUUCCGCCAGCUUCGAUGUGGACAUCGAAAAUUUUGUGCGGAAGCAGGAGAAGGAAGGGAAACCCUUCUUUUGUGAAGAUCCGGAAACUGACAAUUUAAUGGUGAAAGCAAUCCAGGUUUUGCGUAUCCAUCUUCUCGAGCUGGAAAAGGUUAAUGAACUGUGCAAAGACUUCUGCAGUCGAUACAUCGCUUGUCUGAAGACGAAAAUGAACAGCGAGACCCUGCUGAGUGGAGAGCCCGGAAGCCCGUACUCCCCCGGCCGGUCCCAGCAGAUUCAAAGCGCCAUCUCAGGCACUCUCAGCCCCCAGGGAAUCGUGGUGCCGGCGUCUGCGCUGCAACAGGGGAACGUCACCAUGGCGACGGUGGCAGGUGGCACCGUGUACCAGCCUGUCACAGUCGUCACCCCUCAAGGCCAAGUAGUGACACAAGCGCUGUCGCCCGGCACGAUCAGGAUCCAGAACUCCCAGCUCCAGUUGCAGUUAAACCAAGACCUGAGCAUCUUGCAUCAAGAUGACGGCUCCUCUAAGAACAAACGCGGCGUUCUACCGAAGCACGCCACCAACGUGAUGCGGUCGUGGCUCUUCCAGCACAUCGGGCACCCCUACCCGACAGAAGAUGAGAAAAAACAGAUUGCUGCUCAGACAAAUUUGACACUACUCCAAGUUAACAACUGGUUCAUCAACGCCAGAAGACGGAUUCUUCAGCCCAUGCUGGAUUCUAGCUGUUCAGAAACCCCAAAAACUAAGAAGAAAACUGCUCAGAACAGGCCGGUCCAGAGGUUUUGGCCCGACUCCAUUGCCUCCGGAGCUGCGCAGCCGCCCCCCAGCGAGCUGGCCGUGUCUGAAGGAGCCGUCGUGACCAUCACCGCGCCCGUGAGCAUGAACGUGGACAGCCUCCAGUCCCUGUCCUCGGACGGCGCCACCCUGGCGGUGCAGCAGGUCAUGAUGGCGGAGCAGAGCGAGGACGAGUCUGUGGACAGCACGGGGGACAGUGGGGCCGCGCUGGCCCCCGCCCACAUCAGCGGCCUCGUCCUGGAGAACAGCGACUCCCUGCAGUAGGCCCCGGCGCGGCCCGGAACCGUGGGGCGGGCCUGCCUGACCUUUACAGUUUGCACGGCAAACCUUUUACACAGUUUUAUUCUAAUAUGUUUUAUAUGUAGAUAGAGAAGAGUGCACUUUUGUAUUUCA